AUGGGCCAGGGGCCAUCGUUUGUCUCGUCGCCAGAAUCAUUCUCCAGAAAUAUAUUUAAUCCACAGCCACCGCUGUCGCGUCUGCCAACAGCAUGGAGCGUCGCACCAUCUACAGCGUUGGCCGCAAGGAGGAGGUUGUUGCAAACAAAGCCAAUGUCGUACCAGAAGGAAAACCACUUGUCUGUCCAGUCACCACGGCCGCUUUAUCCGCCGCAGAGCAACAGGCCGAUUGCAAACUACAACCACCAUCACCACCACCACAACAACACCAAUAGCAACAGCAACAACAACAGCAACAACAACAACAACAUCAGCAGCUCGUUGUUGAGUCCAGGAUUCAGCAGACUGAAUCCUCGAAUCAGCGAAAACACUACUACCGCAAAUGCUGUCGGCGCAGUUAAUAUGCGCAGGAGGCCGUUCUUUUCGCACCCGCAGCCCCAUUUCGGGUCACCAUAA